UGGCCAACGGAGUAACCAUUUGAUCCAAAUCCUUUAAUUUCCCAACUACCAAAACCACCCCUAAUGGCCGACGACUCCACCACCGUUGACUGGUCGUGCCUUCCGCCGGAGCUCCUCCAAACCAUCGCCAAAAACCUCCCCGCCCUCGCCGACUACAUCCGCUUCCGCGCCGUCUGCCACAGCUGGCAGCGCGCUGCCCCAAUUUCCCAGCCCUAUCUUCCGCGCGAAUUCCCAUGGCUCAUGCUUCCCUUGGACCGCUCCUCCAAUCGCCGCAGCUUCUCUAACCCUCUGACCAAAAAUCACCAAUCCCUCACCCUCCCCGAAGCCUCCCACAGCCGCCGCCUCGCCGGAUCGUCGCACGGCUGGCUAGUCCUCAUCGACGAGUCGCCCCCAAUUUUCCUUAUCAAUCCCCUCACACGCGACAGAAUUUCUCUCCCGCCCCUCUCAUCCUUCCCAAUCGUCACCAAUUUCGACUUCUACAGCAUAGGAAGGGAAUACACCGUCCGAUCGCCGGAAAAUGAGAUCGAUUUCUUCAGCCUGAAGGAAAUGCGCGAUUCCUUCAUCAGAAAGGCGAUUCUCUCACACAGUCCGCACGAUAACGCCGAUUUCUUCGCCUUCGCCAUUCUUAAUCAGCGUGAAAAUCUAGCCUACUGUAAAAAUGGACGCGACGAGGCGUGGAGGAUUAUAGAUGGCGUAGAGAUGCUGUUACGAUCCGAGCUCGUAGCUUCCCUAUCUUAUACAGCACCAAUACCCACCCCAGAUGCGUCUGUUUCAACUACAAACUCCUUGGAGAAAUCGGGUAAAGCUAAAACUGGUGCAGAUAUCAUAGCACUUUUUAAUUUAUCAAAAGCCUCUUGUGCUUCCUCAGGCCAACUAAAUGCAGCACCUUUUAUGCACGGGGAGGAUGUGAUUUAUUUCAACGGCGCAUUCUACGCGGUUGAUAAAUUCGGAUCGAUUGCUGUUUGUGAUUUGAAUGGGGAUUCGCCUGUGGUGAAGUUCAUCAAUGUGGUGCAACAAAUUGAUGGUGAUAUGAAGUAUUUAGUGGAUGCUAUGGGUGAGCUGUUGUUGGUUGCUAGGUAUUUGGAGUUCCACAUUGAUAUGCAAUACUACAUGGAAGUGUGCAAGACGGUGAAGUUUCGCGUGUUUAGGUUCGAUUGGAAUGGUCAUGAAUGGAAGGAAUUGGCGAAUUUGCACGACAGAGUAUUGGUUUUGGGGGAUAAUUCAUCGUUGGCGCUGCUGGCGAGUGAUUACAGAGGGUGUAGAGGGAAUAUGAUCUAUUUUACUGAUGAUCAUUCUGGAUCAAAUCGUGAUAGUGUCGGUGGGGAUCAUGAUGUUGGGGUUUAUAACUUGGGGGAUGGGAGUAUUCAUGAGCUUCCCUGUUAUCCAUGUUGGCCGAGUUGGAUCACUCCAAGUUUAUGCUAAAUAUGUAAUCUCAAGGUUUGGCUUCCUCUUCAUAUUAUGAAAGCCUUUGCUUCUGAUUAUAUAAUGCUCUCUGUUACAUGAGAUUUUGUAUAGUGAGAUAUGUCAAGUGUGUGUGUUUUGGCAUUGCUUUUGUGCUGUGUUUCAUGCGAUUUCUUUCAUAUACCCUUAAAACAACUGGAAAUUUGAAGAGGGUGUAAGAGAAAUCGAUAAGCCACCUCUGUUUUCUCCAGAGCAGAUUAGAGUGGAGAGUAGCGUGAUUAGUCAGGUGUAUCUUUUCUAAAGUUAUUCUUCCUCGCGUAUGGUGACCAUGAUUAUGAUUUUAAAUCCGUCACGAACCAUCUAGCUUCCUUUUAAGUUUUAACUCAUAUUUUUGCCUAAAUUAAUUGACUUUCUUGUUUGUUUCCGUAGCAGCUUAAGGUUUCAAUUGUGUCUCAGGAUUAUCAAGGGGGAGAUGAAAUAUAUAUCUAGCAAGCUUAUUUCUUUCCUUGUAUAAGUAUACAAAACUCAUGCAAAAUGCAAUAUCUCCAAGAACAAAGUGUCAUGUGAUGCUUGAUGUCGUUUGUUCGAUUUGUAUUCAUAGGUGUCGUUCGGUUGCCAUGACUCGUUAUCAUAUGACUAUCUCUAGGAUUACGUUGUGAAUACUCAAUAGUUAAUAAUAUUAGUGAAUAGUUGAAUUCUUAUAA